ACAGAAUCUGAAGCAAUCUGGUCUUUCCAGAAAAUCCAAGUCCGGGUAGUGUGUGAGCUGGAGAAAAAGUUCAGUGGGAAGCACGUGGUCUUUAUUGCUCAGAGGAGAAUUCUGCCUAAGCCAGCUCGAAAAAGCCAUACAAAAAAUCAGCAAAAGCGUCCCAGAAACUGCACUUUGACCGCCGUGCACGACGCGAUCCUGGAGGACUUGGUUUUCCCAAGCGAGAUUAUGGGCAAGAGAAUCCGUGUGAAACUGGACAGCAGCCGGCUCAUAAAGGUUCACUUGGAUAAAGCACAGCAGAACAAUGUGGAACACAAGGUGGAAACCUUCUCGGGUGUCUAUAAGAAGCUCACGGGCAAGGAUGUUAACUUUGAGUUCCCAGAGUUUCAAUUGUAGACAAAAUGAUUAAAUAAAACAUUGACAUUAAAAAAAAAAAAAAA